UUGUGUGCCCUUCCCUGUAUACUGAUCCCCUUGUGUUUCCUUCCUGAUGCACUGAUCCCCCUCUGUGUCCUUUGCAGUGUACUGAUCUCUACACGUGCCCUUUGCAGUGUACUGAUCCCCGCAUGUGCCCUUCGCAGUGUACUGAUCCCCACAUGUGCCCUUCGCAGUGUACUGAUCCCCACGUGUGCCCUUCGCAGUGUACUGAUCCCCACGUGUGCCCUUCGCAGUGUACUGAUCCCCACGUGUGCCCUUCGCAGUGUACUGAUCCCCAUUCGUGUCCUUCUCCGUGUACUGAUCCCCAUGUGUGCCCUUCUCCCUUGUGCUGAUCCCCGCGUGUGCCCUUCUCCCUUGUGCUGAUCCCCGCGUGUGCCCUUCUCCGUGUGCUCUUCUCCGUGUGCUGAUCCCCACGUGUGUCCUUCUCGGUGUGCUGAUCCCCUUGUGUGCCUUUUCCCCAUGUACUGAUCCCCUUGUGUGCUCUUCUCCAUGUACUGAUCCCUAUGUAUGCCCUCCCCCGUGUACUGAUUCUCUUACUUGCCCUUCCCUGUGUACUAGGGUUGCACAAUAUCACAACGCGACAAUAAAGCUUAUGUGCAAUAAUAACCAGGGCUUCAGAUGAUCCUGGCUUUUCGGUAAGGAUGUUUACUUAUACCCACAAUUUGGUAAGCAAAUUAGCAGUAUGCAUAAAAUAUUAAUGAGAGGUGUAUUGUGACACCCAAAACUAGUAAUCUGUAUAAAUUCUGUGUAUCCUUAUUUUUGAUAAAUGUAUCGGACUUUAAAGCAAAAAAGUACCGCCACACCGCUUGUUAAUAUACAGUAUCUCUGAUUUCAAGUGAUGUUGUGGUUGUUGAGCUGUCCCUUUCUUCACUGACACUUCAAAGAUCCUAAAUCGUUUCCAUUAUAUACCAAAAUGUUAUAUAGUGGCAUGCUCCUCUAACUGAAUUUAAUAAAAAUAAGGUUGUGUAUAAUAUAUACAGAUCACUUUUGUGCAUCGUCAUGUGCCUCAUUAUUUAUUUCAAUAUUUUAAUUGUACUGCUAAUCUGCUUAGCAAAUCGUGAGCAUAAGUAAACGUCCUUUUAGUAUGGAAAAGUUGGCAUCCAAAAAAAGAUUACUGCUGUCAUCUAAAGCCCUGGAGAUUAUUACGCAUGCCCCAGGUAAUCGUGAUUAUAUAUGGCAAAGGGAUGUUGUGCAGCCUUCAUGUGUACUGAUCUCUUUGUGUGUCUUUCCCUGUGUAAUAAUCCCCUUCUGUGCCCUUCCUUGUGCACUGAUCCCCUUUUGUGUCCAUCCCGUGUACUGGUCCUCGUGUACUAAUCAACUUGUGUACCCUACCCAGUGUGCCGAUCCCCUUGUCUAUCCAACCCAGUGUACCGAUCACCUUGUGUGCCCUUCCCUGUGUACCAAUCACCUUGUGUGCCCUUCCCUGUGUACCAAUCACCUUGUGUGCCCUUCCCUGUGUACCAAUCACCUUGUGUGCCCUUCCCUGUGUACCAAUCACCUUGUGUGCCCUUCCCUGUGUACCGAUCCCCUUGUGUACCCUACGCAGUGUACUGAUCAACUUGUGUGCCCUUCCCUGUGUACCGAUCACCUUGUGUGCCCUUCCCUGAACUACCGAUCAUCUUGUAUGCCCUUCCCUGAACUACUGAUCCCCGUGUGUGCCCUUCCCAGUCUACUGAUCCCCUUGUGUGCCCUUCCCAGUUUACUGAUCCCCUUGUGUGCCUUUCCAAGUGUACUGAUCCCCUUGUGUGCCCUUCCAGUGUACGGGUCCCCUUGUGCGCCCUCCCCUGUGUGCGGGUCCCCUUGUGCGCCCUUCCCCGUGUGCGGGUCCCCUUGUGCCCCCUUCCCCGUGUGCGGGUCACCUUGUGCGCCCUUCCCCGUGUGCGGGUGCCCUUGUGCGCCCUUCCCCGUGUGCGGGUGCCCUUGUGCGCCCUUCCCUGUGUGCUGGUCGCCUUGUGCGCCCUUCCCCGUGUGCUGGUCGCCUUGUGCGCCCUUCCCCGUGUGCGGGUCCACUUGUGCGCUCUUCUCCGUGUGCGGGUCCCCUUGUGCGCCCUUCCCCGUGUACUGGUCGCCUUAUGCGCCCUUCCCCGUGUGCAGGUCCCCUUGUGCGCCCUUCUCCGUGUGCAGGUCCCCUUGUGCGCCUUUCCCUUUGUACUGAUCCCUCUAUGCUUAAGUGUCCCUUUCGUCCCUUUCUAU